CUCGUUGAUCCUUCCGACAAAAAGAUCGGUCUCGGGGCGCGGUUCGAAUCUUCAGUUCCCGCCGAGGGUCGGCCUCGCCUGAGCCUGAGAAGUUCCCUGGACCAGGGCCGCGCGGCCCCAGGGCAGUGCCCUCAGCCACACCAUGGCCCGAAAUGCAGAAAAGGCCAUGACGGCCUUAGCAAGAUUUCGCCAAGCUCAGCUGGAAGAGGGAAAAGUGAAGGAACGAAGACCCUUCCUUGCCUCAGAAUGUACCGAGCUGCCCAAAGCUGAGAAGUGGAGACGACAGAUCAUUGGAGAGAUUUCUAAAAAAGUGGCUCAGAUUCAGAAUGCUGGUUUAGGUGAAUUCCGAAUUCGUGACCUGAAUGAUGAAAUUAACAAGCUGCUAAGGGAGAAAGGACACUGGGAGGUCCGGAUAAAGGAGCUGGGUGGUCCUGAUUAUGGAAAAGUUGGCCCUAAAAUGCUGGAUCAUGAAGGAAAAGAAGUCCCAGGAAACCGAGGUUACAAGUACUUUGGAGCAGCAAAAGAUUUGCCUGGUGUUAGAGAGCUUUUCGAAAAAGAACCUCUUCCUCCUCCCAGAAAGACACGUGCUGAGCUCAUGAAGGCGAUUGAUUUUGAGUACUACGGUUACCUAGAUGAAGACGAUGGUGUUAUUGUGCCUUUGGAGCAGGAAUAUGAAAAGAAACUCAGAGCCACGUUGGUGGAAAAGUGGAAAGCGGAGCGAGAGGCCCGGCUGGCAAGAGGAGAAAAGGAAGAGGAGGAGGAAGAGCAGGAGGAGGUCAACAUCUAUGCUGUUGCCGAGGAGGAGUCUGAUGAGGAAGGCAGCCAGGAGAAAGGAGGGGAUGACGGGCAGCAGAAGUUCAUCGCCCAUGUCCCGGUGCCGUCACAGCAAGAGAUUGAGGAGGCGCUUGUGCGAAGGAAGAAAAUGGAGCUGCUCCAGAAGUAUGCGAGUGAGACCCUACAGGCCCAGAGCGAGGAGGCCAGAAGGCUCCUGGGAUAUUAGGUCUGAACAGGGGCUCUCCUUGAAGUCUGGAAGAUCUGGUGGGAGUCCUUCCGCACCCCAGUGGCCCCACAGGCCACUGCCACCCAGGGCAGCAGGCAGGCAGGUGAUGCCAUGAGGUUUCCUGCUCCUUUCUCCUCCCUCGUUCCUCUCUCACCUUCUCUUACCUCAUGUACUGAUAGAGGAUAAGGGUCUGUCCCUGCCUCCCUGAUGGGCUGUCUGGGUGCUGAAUACUUCAGCUAUUACCUUUGUACAAAUAUUUUGCUACUGUGUGAAUCCAUUUGUUUUUAUAUUGGAGUGUGUAAAGCAGGUCGCUAACUGGCUACCUAUGUUUUACUUCACCUUGUACUGUGAUUCUGAGGGGAGAUGUAUCAAUUAGUGACCAAUGUUAGAAAAUGCUGUUUUCCUGAAAAUACAUAUCUUCUCUUGAAAACUGAGACGAUGUGUCAACACUGAGCCCACACCCCUGGUUGACAGCCAGUGCUGUUUCUGUGCCGGGCCAUGUCCUUGGCUUUCCAUAAGCCACUCAGCCGGCUCUGCUAGCUCCUGCCUGGAUGGCAGGAAUUUAAAUUUGCUACUUCUGUUUUAUAACCUGGUCUGCAGAGAGCUAUUUUUAUUAAAGAUUUUUAUAAGAGAAGGACA